GGAAGCAAGACUGGAUGAGGGGGAGAUGAGUAUCAGAGUAGGAAGAGUAGAGGAGAGGACACAGCUGGGGGAAGGGAGUAAAGAUGAACCAGGGUUACUACUAAAGGUCUUUUUGUCAUCAAGCUGGACUUGUGAUAGUCACCUCAAGUCCACGAGUGUGCACCAGCUGGCCAUGAUGAAUACCUCCAAUGCCAACAACACUCCACAAUGUUACUCCCUCAAAAGCCCUCCGUUCAAUUACACACAUCCCAUCAGCUCAGUAUACUUCUCAACCAUCUUCAGCACUUUGGGAAUCACCUCAAAUCUCAUUGCCUUCAUUGUUCUCAUCAAAUCUUUCCGACAAAUGCGGAAUCGGUCACGGUCUUUCUUCUUAAUCUUCCUGGGCGGUCUUGUAGUUACUGACUUUAUGGGUCUUUUGGUCACAGGUUCCAUUGUGGUCUCCUUCCAUUUUACACAUUUUAAUUGGCGCCAAGUAGACCCUAACUGCCACUUCUGCAACUUCAUGGGUAUGUCUAUGGUCUUCUAUGGACUGUGCCCACUGCUGCUUAGUGCCACAAUGGCCAUGGAGCGCUUCUGUGGCAUUAACCGUCCAUUUGAACGCUCCACCAACAUGAGCAAGAGCCGGACAGUCUACAUGGUGCUGAUGGUAUGGUUGGUUGCUGGCUGUAUUGCUUUGCUGCCCUUAAUAGGCGUCGGGAGCUACCACAUACAGGCUCCUGGCUCCUGGUGUUUUUUCAACAUCAGUUCGAAAGGAAGUGAUAUGGUCUUCUCCCUGCUGUUCUCCCUCGUGGGGUUGACUUCGAUCGUUGUGUCAUUUUUACUGAACACAGUGAGUGUGGUGACACUUAUCAAGGUGUGCUGUGGACAGGACAGGACACAGCGGAGCCGAGACCAUGAAGUGGAGAUGAUGGUGCAACUUAUCUUGAUCAUGAUUAUUGCUUCUAUCAGCUGGUGCCCCCUCCUGGUCUUUAUUGCUCAAACAACGUUCUCCAGACAUCGUCUCCAUGACUUGUACCUGCUGCUGUACCUCCGCUUUGCCACCUGGAACCAGAUCCUCGACCCAUGGGUUUACAUCCUGUUCCGAAGGGCAGUCUUUAAGAGAGUCUACCCCCGCUUUGACUGGUCCCGGAGCUCAAUCAUGACUUUGUACCCAUAUUUUCGAGAGACUGCACGCAGAUUCACACGAUCUUCAUUAGGGAGCAACCUGGGCUCAGAUGAAACAGGAGAAACAACACAGUCAAAUGUCACUCCUCCAUCUACCUUAAAGUCACCUGACUGAGGGUCAUGGUACAGUGUGUUUGUUUCUCUGAUUCAGAAAUGAGUGAUCACAGGGAUCAGACAUGUACUCUCAGCUCCAUACAUCGCACUGAAGUUAACUAUAUGCACUGCUACCUAGAUAUACUGCUGCAUUAAGUUAACUGUAUUUAAUGUACCAUUAAAUAGGAUAAAUUAUCUUGUUUUCUCUUUGUUUGAUGUAUGCUUAGACCUGAUGUUGUGCUAACCAUAUUAGGAGGAAACCCACAGGCAGCCAAGUCCAGUGAACCUGAAAUAUAGAAACCGUAAUACUGUAGAGGUGCCUAUGACAAUUUCAUUGAAAAUAACAGUAAUAAAAAUAUGAAUAAUAACAUUUUUCAUUUUAUUCUUAACAAGCAAUAUCAUAUUAUAAUAUAUUCAUAUAGAUUUGCUAAUAGUUACUCUGACUGAACAUGUCCCAAACUCUGAAAACCUAUAAAUGAUUGAAAAAUGCUAAAAGAUCAGUUUCUUGCAUUUAACUUCAUUGUUUUUUUUACUGAGUGAGAUAUUCUGUUUCAAGGUUGUCUGUUACAUAUGGGCUGAAGGAUGUUUACAAGAGGAAAAAAGAUGGCUUAUUACAAAUAUCAAAAGUCUUGACCCACCUUUCAUUCUUGUAUAUUUAUCUGGAAUAUGUGCAGUGAAAACAGUGUGUUAGCAAUUCCAAUGUGUUUGAACGUUAGUAUUGGAAAAUGACUUUAAAAAGUCAGAAAACAUCUGGCUCCUUGAAAGCAAAAUGUGAACAAAUGAGGGAUCAAAAGUGAUGGUAACUUCAUUAUAAGUUGAAAUUCCCAACUACUUUGAUUUGUAUUUGGUCAAACUGACAUAGGAAGAAAGCAAAAUUCAGUUUUUUACAUACAAGGUUUAAAUUGCUUAUCAUCUAUUACAGUGUUGUAUGACAGUCAUAUUAUUAUUGUGUCUCAAUUCAGUUACUUCCAAAGUGGACCCUUGCAGAACAGGACAGUUUAAUGCAGAUCAGCCUCAACCAGUGACGCAACACAUGUAGACAAAGUUAUUGUAUGUAUUUUUUUAACGAAUUAAUAUUUUACUGAUAACUGGUAUGUCGUUCUAAUGAUCAUCUCUGUAUUCUCCCUAACAAAUACUGGUAUGUAGUCACUUAGAUAUUGAUUUGUUUUAUUUUGGUAUACCGUCCAUUAAAAUGCACAAGUGCUGCUCAACUGAAUGGAAGGUGUUAAUUAAAAAUGAUGUAUUAUGUCAAAGUAUGGUUAAGUGUAAGUGGGAGUAAGUAUGAAAAUGCCUGCGUGAAGAUUUGUAAUUUGAAUGAACUCACCCUUUAAAAAGCAUUCUAAACAUCUAGAUAAACUACAAUUAGAUAAUCUAAACAAGUUCACUGUCUAGAGUUUAAAUUUGAACAUUAUUGUAUUUUAUUUUGAUUGUUAUAAAAUCUUCUGCCUGUUGGAGAUCUUUAAGCUAAGAUUCAAAGUUGAUGUGGACUGAGAAUAUGUUUUGUUAAGAGAGCAAUAUUUACACUCAUCAUGCACAUAAAGUAAUGCACGCUGUAAUAUCACUCAACUCAACCAGUCUUCCACAACAGUUUUUUUUUUACUCCAUAAAAGUUCUCCAGUGACAAUGAAGUGUAAAUGUUGAUUGUUCACGUAAAUAAAGGAUCAAUAAAACAGAAA